CGGAGCGGCCGCAGAUCGCGGGGAGGAUGUGGACGUUCGGACUCCGCUCGGCUGCUGGCCUAGUACCCCGCUCGGCGCUACUGGUCUUGGCGCAGACCAGAGCUAGGACCCCGCGGCAGACGAGAAACAUGCCACUCAGUGGGCACGGAGACCCGCGGGCCGGGACGGCUGUGGCCUGUGCGUCCAGCCAUGCAAGUUUGAGCCUUCACUGCCUCAUCCAGAUGCUGAAUGUCAAAAAACAGAGUGUCUGUUUGAUGAACUGGAGAACAGCAGGAACUUUGGGCAAUCCAGGCUCUCUCGAUGAGGCCACCUACGAAAGACUGGCAGAGGAGACGCUGGACUCCUUGGCAGAGUUCUUUGAAGACCUUGCAGACAAACCUUACACAUUUGAAGACUACGAUGUCUCCUUUGGGAGUGGUGUUUUAACAAUUAAACUGGGUGGAGAUCUAGGAACCUACGUGAUCAACAAGCAGACCCCAAACAAGCAAAUCUGGUUAUCUUCCCCAUCCAGCGGACCCAAGCGCUACGACUGGACGGGGAAAAACUGGGUGUACUCCCACGACGGUGUGUCCCUCCAUGACCUGCUGGCCGCAGAGAUGACUAAGGCCUUAAAAACCAGGCUAGACUUAUCUUCUCUGGCCUAUUCGGGAAAAGACACUUGAUGAUGCCAAGCCCAAUUCUAAAGACAUUGAAAACUAUAGAGCCAAGACCCAGCUUUCUUCUGCAGCCGAAUGUCUAGUUUGUUCCAUUCCUGCUUUUGAGGACAGUUGCAUUGUGUGUAGCAGCUCUGGGAAAAGAAUACAUCGCCUUCCACUCUACCCCUGACUUUGAAUUUUUAAUUUUCACAGUGUUUUUGGAUUUAUUGUCUGAGUUCCUCCCUCACAUGAUAUCCCUUAUCUUUAUAAUGCCCAUAUACCCAUACCUUUCUAUACAACCUUGCCACAAAGCAAAAUAAUGAGAAGGAAAAAUUCUGGGAGCAGAAAUAAAUGGGCUCACAAUUCAUUUUUUGAAGGACUUCCUGAAAAGCUGCAUGAAGAGGGACUGGCCGAUGUCACCAUUCUGUCUCAAAGUGAGACUCAUUAAACAGGAGCCUAGAAGUGUUCCCACGCCUCUUGAAAACAUAAACACUUCUAAGCCUGUUUCUGCUGAAGUGUCAGUGGCACCUUGGGAAUUCUCAAACCGAAGACUAUUCUUUCUUUGUGCUUUGUGUCUGCCAGGGUGUAUGUAGCCUGCAAGGGGUGCUCGAAGAUAUGGUGCUGUUUCUUUCAUACAUACAUAUAUAUGUACAUACAGGCACAUUUAUGUGUGUGUGUGUGUGUGU